CUAUUGUACUCUGUGAAUUUGAUUUUGAUUUUUGUCAUUUGUUUUUGUUGUUCUAUGGUAAUUGCUGUUUGUUUUAUUUUGCUUGCUAAUUGUUUGUAAUUUUUAAUUCUUAAGUUUUAAACACGAUUUAAAACAAUGAAUUCUACAUCCAAAGCAGCGCCCAUGAAUAAGUAUGAGGCAAUGCAGUUGGUGCGACUUGUGGCGGCAAGUGCGGCUCUAACAACCAAAAAGACGAAUGCAACUAAUAAUAAACGAAAAGAAGAGGCAUGGCGAACCAUAACGGCUGAAUUUAAUGCCAAAACAUCGGGCAUACCACGAAGUAGUUCGCAGCUCAGAUUGAAAUGGGAAAACCUUAAAAAAAACGCUCGCAAACGCAGCGCACGCAUAAGAAGCGGCUUAAAGACUGGAGGUGGCAAGGUGUACUUUCCACCAGAUGAAGUAUUGGAUAAGGUUACUUCUCUAUUAAGGAGUAUACAACAUACAACUCCACAACAUUCAAGUAAGAGUGAAGCCACAGCCAAUGUUCCUUUGAUAGAGGAAGGACUUGUUGAUGGUGAUGAAGGCCUUACAAAUCAUAGUGAUAACCAAAUUCUUACACCCAUCCCUAAACCAACAAACUUUUUUUUAAAUCAGGCUAGCAGUACUAAUACUUUAGUUAAGCGGAUAGAAAGAUUGGAGGAAGAGAAAUGUAAGGCUCGCAUAUUAAGGGACAAUGCAUUAGCUGAUUACCUCAAUGCUAAAAAAAGGAAAAUUGACCAAGAAAAUGUGGAGAAGGAAAUCGUAUUAGCAAAACUUAAGGUAGAAUUGGAAAAUGCUAAAUUAGAAAAUUUAAAGUUAAGACGUGAUUUAAAUUUGUCAGAGUAAUAAUGUUUUUUGUUUUGUCUUGUAUUUUAAUUUUUGUACAUAUUUCAUUGUUAUCAACUUCUCCCCUCCCUCCCCCCUCCCUUCCUUGUAGAGAGCGUCUUCUUUGUUCCUCUUUGUUCCAUAAAAAAAACUCCUCUGUAAGUGAGUAUGCUUAUGGAGCAUACACACUCACCACACUGCUCUGUGGGUUGGCAGGGUUAAGGUAUCUGAUGUUCAUGAUAGUGACCAGGACUAACGACUUAACUUGCUGUCUGAGGCACGUGUUUGUAACACCACCAACUUCCAGAUUCUGAGAUAAGCAUUUACUGAAACUUAAGAAAGAAAAACUCAUAAUUUUUCAACCUAACUCAGAACCCCGUUAUUGGAGCCACAUAGGCUAACCGCUAUACCAACGAUGCAAUUUUAGUAUUAUUAUUGUAAUGAUUUUUUAGAUAAUGUAUUUUUACUAUUUUGUUACCUAAGAAAAUUUUGUCUAUUUUACUGUGAAAA